GACGAGGUUAAAGGUCAAUUACAUACAGCUGUCUGCUACCUUGGGACAAAAUGUAGCUGAUAUCUAUUUUGGACAAGAUGUGGACGUAUAUCAAGCAAUGAACGUGUCAUUCCGAACCAAAUCUCGACACGGCUACUCAGUGGAAUUCUCGCCGUAUUACCCACAACGUCUAGCAUGUGCCACAUCUCAGUAUUACGGCCUUGCUGGUUGUGGGACACUAUUUGUUCUUGAUGCAACUCCAAACGGCCUUGUGCCUUUACAGACUUACCAGUGGAACGAUGGUCUGUUCGAGGUUACUUGGUCUGAAGGCAAUGAAAAUGUGUUGGUGGCAGCGGCUGGUGAUGGCAGCAUCUUGGUGUGGGAUGUCUCCCAACCUCAGGGUCCCCUAAAGGCUCUAAAAGAACACACAAAGGAGACCUAUUCUGUUCACUGGAGUCAGACAAGGAAUGAGAACUUGGUGAUCAGCGGGUCCUGGGACAGUCUCAUCAAACUGUGGGACAUCUCCCAGUCUAGCUCCCUGUCCACUUUUGAAGGCCACAGGUCAUUAGUCUACUCUGUGAGAUGGUCACCACACAUUCCAGGCUGUUUUGUUUCAGCAUCAGGUGACCAGACACUGUGUGUGUGGGACAUUAGGAAGCCUCAAUUUGCUCAGACAGUAAUCCCAGCUCAUGAGGCAGAGAUUCUCACCUGUGACUGGUGUAAAUAUGACCAGAACUUGGUGUUCAGUGGGGCAGUGGACGGUACCAUACGAGUGUGGGAUAUAAGAAAUCCUCAAACACCAAUCAACCAACUGCUUGGCCACAAGUUAGCUGUGAGGAGAGUCAAGGCUUCCCCUCAUGCUGGCAACAUCCUUGCUUCCUGUUCAUAUGAUUUCACCACCAGAGUAUGGGAUAUGACUGGCCCCUCUGCUCUGGAGGUGAUAGAACACCAUACAGAGUUUGUGUAUGGCCUCGACUUCAACCUCCACAUCCCCGGACAGAUAGCUGACUGUGGCUGGGAUGAAUUAGUGCAUGUCUUCUCUCCCCGCAGUCUGCAGCAGUAAUCACUCACAUUAUCAGACAGACAACUAAUUAGGGCAGCGAUGAGGUGUAGUGCAUCUUCUAUUCUAGCAGUCUGCUGCUUAAAACCUUCACAUCUCUGAACAAAUAACUGAUUAUGGCUAGGACAAAUUUGUGCACACCUCAUCUCUCCACACCCUGCCACCCUAACUUCCCAGCCAAGAUUCUCUUUACCCCAGGACAGAUUACUGUGGCUUAAGCAAACUACAGCCAUAUUACUUGUUAAAGGAAUCUUGAGUGAAAUGACUGCUCUUUCACAAACUGUGACAGGUAAAUAACAUAUAUAUAGUGAAUACAUGUGUUAAAGCUAUGGAAAAGAUGUAACAAAAACAGAGAACAGCCAAGCAUCCAGGACAUACCAUUGAACUUGAAACAUUUUAGGACAGAAAAAGACAACAGAUUGAAAGGCCAGAAAGUAAGCAGCCGUUUGAGGCAAUUAAAGUUCUGGGACACAGGUCAGGAUCAAGAGGACUCGGGACAAUCAGGUGGGCCAGCAAGAAAAUGCGCCGCCCAUUAUAGACAAAGCAUUAGGGAUUUCAAUAAGUGAUUUGAUCUAGGAGACAGUGAAGAUGCAUUGUCAACAUUGUGAAAAAGUCCACAACAUUAAUUGGGGAAUAGAUUUCUAAAGAAAUCGUCCUGAAGAAACCACUGUUCGGAGGAUAUUCGUAAACACAACUAAUAUACACUUGCAUAAUAUAUUUGGUUUAUAAAUCCUGUUAUUGAUGCCAUGUUGUAUAAAGAAGCAUUUUUGGAAAAUAUCUUUUAAUAAUGGUGGCUUAAUUAUUAAUGUAUAAUCACUCGGAUAAGAAUUGUGUCACAGUUGAUUUUUAUAUUCAAGAGCUACCCAAAGUCAGUUUGUGCCUUGCACUAAUCACCCUGCUGGCAGAAACUUAACAAAUGUUUUGUUAAGUAUAAUACCACCAACACAACAUUUGUCAAUUUAUUAAUAUUUAAUUUACAGCAUACAUUUUUUGUAGUUUUCUGUCAAGUUUUUGUUCUUUCUACCUAAAUGAUCUUUAUAGUAUUUGAGGGAUUCAAGGGAUGAUACUGUUUCAGUUAUGAAUAAAAGUUUCAUAAAUAAAGACUUGUAUACAGACAGUUGACAAAGAUGUGCUUAAUUUAUACUGCGGGUAAUAAUAUAUGUUUGGAAGAGCUUGUGAUAUUUUGAACGGGUGAUAAUAGAGGAUUGUGUGAAACCAUGUAAGUGUAUGUCAGUGUUUGAUUUAACAUAUUGUUAGUUACCUGAUUGUAUGUGAUUUAUACUUUUGUAUGAAUAAUUCUAUCUUAAUCACGAUUAUUAAUAAAUGCAAAUUUUAUAC